ACCUGGGCGGUUGCGGGCGAUGGGCAGAGGCAUUAGCAUGACCAAAUUGAAUUGUUUACAGGUUAAGGACAGCUAUAUCGCUGCAAUGGAACAAAAACAGGUGUACAUGCAGGAACAGGUUAAUGAUUUACAGAAGGCCCUUCGCAGAAUGAAUAAUCAGGGACCUGCAACUGAUGUCAGUGAAAACCAGAGUGUAAAUAAUACCAGAUCACUUCCCAAGUGUUAUCUGGUUGACUGGGCUUCUGUCGAUGUGAAAGUUGCUGAGGGAAGGGUGGUUUCAGCUGAAGCUGAUGAGUUAGUUAAUGGGAUUCCUUUAGGGCCUCACGCGGUGAAGGUUUUAGUUGAAACUGCAAUAAAAGCAGACACCUUUUUAUGGCGCCCUGCACAGAAUAUGUUUACUUUGGAGGAUGCAGUUGGCGAAAUGAUUGCAUGGCAUUCUGAUCACUGUAUUGUUGCAACAGCAGGUCUCAUUCCAGAGGACAAUGCUCCUAACAGCCCCUUCACAGGUUCAGUUAACAAAUGCAAACUCAUGGACUAUAUAAAGAAGGAGGAAGUGGUUGCUGUAGGCCGAUGGCAGACAAAAGAACCAAAAUCAUUGGUCAAUGGACUCCCUCUUGGUCCUAAUGCAGUAAAAGUUUAUGUUGAUGAGGUCCUAAACCCAACGGCAUACAUAUGGAGGCCUACUGUAGGAAAGACAACUAUGGAGGAUUUUAUGAACUGUUAUGUAGCAUGGCCUGCAAAUUGCGUUGUGUUUGAAUCGGAUAUGACAGAUUCUCCUCGUCGUCAACAAUCAGAUUCUAAAGCAGUGAGUUCAUCUUCUAAGAAUCAGAAGUCUCCAUUAACACCACCAGCUCCUAAGAAACCAUUUACUCCAGCAUCUCCUCUACGCAGAUCUGAGCGUAACAAAUUCAAGCCAAAUCAAAAAAUCCAGCUGCUGGAUAUAUCUGGAAACAAUGUCGUCGUCGCUGAAGGACGAUGGUCUUCGAGUAAUCCUGAGCAUCUUGUCCACUUUCAGGCAUUGGGGCUUGGUGCUUGUAGAGUCUUUGUGGAUGUUGUCAAGGUGAAAGAUGCAGCUGUGUGGAGGACUUCGUCGGAGAUCGAGUAUAUGGAAGAUGCACUAGGCAGCUGUCUUGCUUGGCCAGAGGAUAAAAUUAUAACGGUUUGACAAAAGACCAAAAGGAGCAUGGUGACUUGGUGUUUCCUGUUUAGUUAAGUUCUUGUUCUUUGCUGUUUCAGAACAUGGCUUUGUAUUUCAAUGACUCGUGUGUUUCUCUUUUUCAUGUACUCGGUUGAAAAAUUUAAUCUAUGUAUGGUUUGGAUGAUUUUACUAAAUUAAGACUU